AUGGCGACUCCAAAGAAAACCUUUCCAAUGUGUGGUGCCACCUAUAUCGGUCAAAUCGAGCAUGAGUUUAUGCACAGCAAAGGACUCGGGAUAUGUGCUAAUUGCAUGACGACUGGUAUGCAAAAACCGUUGAGGAGAUGUAGCGGGUGCAUUCUGGUUGAUUACUGCUCAAGAGAGUGUCAAAAAGAUCACUGGACAAAGCACAAACCAUUUUGCAACUUGGCUCAGGGAAAGGGCUCGAAAAAGGCGUACUUGACUUCGUACGAGCAUGAUGAAGUCUUGCGAGUUCUCAUCGAUACAUAUCGCAUGAGGGUGGACACAGACCACUCUGCUCGAGAAGAAGAUCAUGGUCUUUACUACCCCGGAAAAUCAAUUGAUGGUUUGGUGUGGGCCAAAGGUGAUGCGACUGAGGACUUUCAGCGAUUCCUCGACCUGGCCGAAACCGCGGGCAUUUUACCAAAAUGGUGGACAUUCGAGGACAGGAUGAAUUGUCUUGCUUGGGCAAUCAAUAAAGAGGAUCCAGAAAGCAUCUUCAAACCUGUGGAUCAAACCGAGAUCUUCACACGAUAUGGAGGCGAUACUGCCAUCCGCCAGGCUUUCCUGAUACUAGCGGAACUUUGUGUGGGUUAUGACGGCAAGGGCCCUGCAAAGGAUGACACAUGGUUUCAGGAGUUUCAGGAAUACCUAGAUCUCCAUCCACAAGAACGUGCUCGUCUGAUAGGUGGAUCUAUUGAAGCAGUGCAAGCAGCUUUGGAAGGACCAGACGGAGAAGGAACUGACUUGAAGAAGCAGCUAAUGCAGGGAGACAUG